AUGAACUACGAUAUUUCCAUACCUGAAUUUGAUGAGCUUUAUGUUAUCCCUGGAAGAUCACAUCGUAGAGUUGCUGAGUAUAUUGUUUCACAUCACUACCGUGUUGAGGUAUUUUAUAGAACUAUUGAUUGGCAAUUUCAAGAACUCAAUAGUCGCUUUGAUGAGGUGACAAUCGAUUUGCUUUUUGGAGUUGCUUGCUUGAACCCAGCUGACUCUUUUUCCAAUUUUGAUAUUAAAAAGAUAUUGAGAUUAGCUGAGUUAUAUCCUGAUGAUUUUAAUAAAUAUUCUAUGGUCGACCUUCAAUUUCAGCUUCAGAAUUACAUUGUUGAUGUCCGAGAUCAUGAUAAAAGGUUUUCAGAUCUUAGGGGACUUAGUAAUCUUUCCACGAAAUUAGUAGAGACAAAGAAGCAUGGGACUUAUCCUCUUAUUUUUCAACUUGUAAAAUUUGCUUUACUUUUGCCAGUUGCUACUGCUAAAGUUGAGAGAGCUUUUUCGACAAUGAAGUUGAUUAAGACCGAUUUGCAGAGUCGAAUGGAUGACGAGUUUUUGAGUAGUUGUUUGGGGCCUUAUAUAGAAAAGGAAGUAUUUAGUCUUAUUCCUGAUGAGGCUAUUAUGAAUACCUUCCAAAAUAUGAAAACUCGCCGAUGA